GCGGCUUUGUACUCAGGUUUGGCGUUUGUCGGUCGGGAUGUGCGUGAAAAUUUUACAAACAUAAUAGAAGAAAAUAUACAUUAAGUUUUUGCUAAAAAAGCGCCUAUAUCGGAUAUUCCAUAAAUAAUUAUUGUGCUAAACACAAGAAAAAAAGCGCUUCAGGAUGCCUUCGUAAAUGAAUUAUUGGCCUCCAUUCCAACUAAAGAACAAAUCGUGAAGUUCAAGCCGAUUUUACACUUGUAGGUAAGAAGAACCACAAUCCUUUGAUCGUGUGAGAGCUGCUUUCAUUUUCCAUUGUUGGUUAUUUUCCUCUGGGUUACGCCAUCGAGCGGGUAUUUGAUCCGAGUAUUAGGUCGAGCUACUCAGAAUCCCCAUCGCUAUGUCAAGUUCUAUGUUUAUUGAAAGAACACCUCUGCCUGCAACGGAAGAUGUUCCAGAUUAUAAUAGCAACUCGGAUUCGAACCUUGUUGUUGUAUAUGGAAAAAAUGGCAUAAGCUUCGACGACAAAGGUUUGGAAAGUUUAAUAGAUGAGAAGAAAAUAUCAUCUAUAAGUGUAAUUCGAUUAACAUCACCAACACCUAGUAUGCAAGAGGAGGAGGAAGAGGAAGCACGACAAGAAGAAAUAGCGAGACAUCAAGAUUUGGACUCCGCCAAUGAUAGCUCAGACCAGGCCGAAGAGAGUAACAUAUCAGAUGGCGACCGCAACAUUACUGGGGACAGUGACAGCUCCGACCGAGAAGAUGCUAUACAAAGCUCUGAUGAGCAUAAAUCUAAAAGCAAGCCCGUUGCUCGCCGCCGGGGCCGUCAACCAAACAUUGUAAAACAGAAAAAAGUUCUUCGUAAACGUAAAAGGGAUCGCCCAAAAAUAGUUGGGCUACGCUUUGAAGAGUUUUAUUCCCCAGAUGAUGCAGGCGAGAUUGUAAAAGAAGCGCUGAAACUGGCUGGUCUCGGACCUGAUAGGAAAAGUAAAGAAGAUGUUGAAUUCCAGUUACUUGUUAUCAAGAACGACCAUUGCUACACUCCUUUUACAUCUCCCAGCCAAAUGAAGGCUAAACUGGCUGCAGACAAGUUAGAAUUGGAGCAACAGUCCAACAGUCGCAAAUGUGCUAUGAAUCCAAAUCAAAGUUCUGUAGGAAAACAGCUGUUUAUUCGGAGAAAGCCCAUACCGAAAACUGAUGUUUCGGUAAAAUUAUCAAGCCCAACGUCUUCUCUGAAGGAAAAAUAUGACACGUCUUUAGGCAAAUCAAUUGUUAAAGAAAACAAGGAUGCAAAGUCUUCUGAAAACAUUGAAGAAGGGCAUCUAAGAAAUUCUCGGUUAACAACUGAUGAAAAAGAUUACGGAUCUGUAGCUGAAGAGGAAGACAGCGAGUGCACGGCUCCCGAAGAAUCAGAUGAAUCCGACAAUGACCGUGAUAGCGAUUUAGAUUUUGAUGUUAAUAAUCCAAAAGGAAGAAGAAGAAAAAUUAGAGCGGCUAAAAUAGCCAAGCGCAUAAUCGCCAAUCCGAAAACGAUGCUCAAGUCAAGACGUGCUCCAGCUCAAGAGGACCUACCCGAACCAGCAAGUAAGCCCGCUGUUGGCACAUUAUCUACUGCAACUCAAAAGCAGAGAUCAAAUAUAAAAUCCCCAGCAGAUAUAAGUCGUAUAACGGUUCGUUCAAAUCCAACAAAGUUAGCAUCACCGGGGGCUUGUAUGUUUACCAAAAACGUAAGUAAUGAUGCGCUAACAUCGGUAUCAUUAGCUUCUGAGCCUUCAACAAGGAAACAAAAUGAAAGUAAGACAUUACACACACAAAUUACUAAUAUAAAAACGGUUCCAAUUAAAACAAGCAGCGCAAUAAAAAGUCUGCCCUCCCCACAAACCCAUAAAGAGAUUCUUAUUCACAAAAAUAUUAUGUCCAGUCCAAAAACUAAAGGAUUUACUGACUUAAAUACUUUACUAUUGGAACAACAAGAUUUGAGAUUAACUCCUACAUCCACGGCAAAGUUUUCCCAUGUAAAGCCUUCAUUCAAAACGUCAAAUGCCUCAUCUGUCUCACCCAAACCAGCAACUAACCCAAAGGGUUUUAUGCAAUUGGGCGUAGAGGCAGCGUCUAAAAACCAAUUACCAGCACAAAUUUCUGUACAAACGCAUCAAAGUUCAUCGGAAUUAGAAGCUGAACAUGACAAACAACUUGAUUUAAUAAAUUCCAUCGUUCAGGAUGAAAUGCGAAAGUCUAAAGAAAUUCUUACUCCUGCGCCUUGUAACAUUAUUGAAAACAUACCGGAAUUAGUGAAAAUGUUAGAGAGUACCGAGGCAUCUUUGGCACCUAACAUAACUGUUAUUAAUAAAGAUGGUCGAGGGCUUGGGUCUGGCGAUUGUGAGAGUCGGAGUCAGUGUGAUAAAUUAGAAAAUCAGAGACUAAAUAAUCAGUCUGAGACAGGCAACAUUAAGCUCUCAGAUAUCGACCUAAGUCACACUUCUUUGUUAGCCGGUUCCGACGGUAAUGAUGAUGAUUUGCCCGAUGAUAUAUUGCAACAGGUAGUCGAGUUGAUUAAGGAUGAUAAAACUUUACAAGAAGCAGUAGAUGUUUUGGGAUCGGGCGACUCAAAUGAUCCCAUAACUGCCGCCAGCACUAUGUCGAAUCCGAACCCACCUCCUUUGGCUCCUAUUUCCCAACAGGGUAGUAGUAAUAAAAACCUCUUAGAUGAUAUACCGCAUUCAUCUAGGAGUAUUAUACAAAUGAGCAUUUCAAACAUAACAACAACCACUUCAACUGCAACACAAUCUAGCCCCGAACAAAGUCGUGCAGCACAACAGGCAAUAAAAAUAUCUCCUCUAGCUCGCAAAGAACCCAUACAAAUUGUGCGAGGAAAUGGACGUGUCAUUACACUGCCUCCAAUUGAGGCACCGACGACCCGAGCUAAGAGACGAGCACAAGCUCAGCCGGUUACACUUCCCAUCACAGUAAAUUCUUCAACGCCCACAAGUGUAUCUGUUACGAUUCCAAAUAGUUCAAGUGAUGGGAAGUUGGAUAGCUGUAGCAUAGCAACAACAACAUCUGUAGCACCCAUUAAUACUCCUAUAGAUAAAAGGAUUCAAGAAACGAGCACCCGUAGAAGAUGCUCAAAAGAAAAUAUAACUGCUACUACCACUCCACAGAAAAUAAAGCGAAAUGUGUCCAGAAAAUCAAACAAACCGAAAGUCGAUAUGGGCGCAUCUGACUCCGGAGACGAAGAUGAUGACGAUCCAAAUAAGUUAUGGUGUAUUUGUAGACAGCCUCAUAACAACAGAUUUAUGAUAUGUUGUGAUGUUUGUGAAGAUUGGUUCCAUGGAACUUGCGUAAAUAUUACAAAAGCAAUGGGUCUGGAGAUGGAACAGAAAGGCAUUGACUGGACUUGUCCUAAAUGCGUAAAGAAAAUUGAAGAACAGAAACAGCCGAAAAUUACGGACCUCUUCAAAAAAGAAAACUCUGUCUCCGUACAACCUGCGGCAGUAACAAAUACUUCGGCAGUUGACACAACUUCAAUAAUAAAUGCGGCAUCUUCUUCGGUAGCCACAGUUGUAACUAACAAGUUACAACAAGAAAGUAAUAGAAUUACUUUCGAUCCAGCAAAAUCCGCUGUCGAGUCACCAAAAACUUCACUACAAAGUGGGCAAAUCAUAAAUCUUAAGGACUUUAGUGGGAAAAAACUUUUCAUUCAAACAACUCCUGGAAGUACGUCAGGUCAAAAGAAGAUCAUUGUUACAACAACACAACCCCUUAAAACAACAUCAAAUCUCAGUUCCCCUGUUAGAACGUUCGCUGUUGUAAAACAAAUAUCAUGUGCUGGGAAACAACAGAGUCAAACUCAAAAUAUUAAAGUUAUCAAAACGAUUUCUCCAGCGCAGUCUACAGGCCAGUCUAUAAAAGUUUUAACAGCGCCAACAAAAACAAUUUCUUCGAAUGAAUCUCUGAGCCCCAAAACAAUGUCGAAUGAACUUCCCACUUUUUGCAUAGUUUGCAAGAAAAAUGCUCGUUCCAACUCGAUAUAUUGUAGCGAUGACUGCAUACGGAAACAUUCACAGACAGCAUGGGCUGCUUUGAGCGCUAGUUCUCAAGAUGACAAAACAAAGAAAAAAUCCAAAGGCCUAUUUGAGGAGGAGUUGUCAAUGCCGGAUCGUAAAAUUAAAAUGGAAAGAGUAAAUGUUUUCGAACGCAAAUCCGGACGAACAUUGACGGGACAUAACGCACCAACAUUUGCAAAUCUGAAAAAAUGGCUUCAAGAAAAUCCAACCUUUGAAGUUGUACAACCCGGUAGUCCCCAGGCCUUAGAUAUCGAAAAACGGCAAAAAAUACGUGCACAACAUUCUUCUUCACCGACAGUGCCAAAGAUGGCUACAUCCCCGCCUCCUUUGAAAUUACUUCCGUUCUCGAAUACACCUCACCAACAAAAAGUUGACCCACGAUCAAACAGUCCCCAAACACAUUCCCCCGUGAAUGUAAAUAAACCCAUUUUGCCGACGCUGCAUACAAAGCCCACAAAAAACAUACAAGAAGUAUUAAAACAUUCGCCGUCAACAUCAUCUAAUUCGCGGCCCGGAACACCUAAGCAAUUGCAGAAGUAUCCGCAGCAUGUGUCAAUUAAAGGUGAUAGAGUUCAGAAGUCUAAUGAUGAUUCUAAAACACCCAAAGAUAAACAAGCAAAUCCGAACAAAAAAUCAGCUAAUGUCGAGGCUGGUAAUAAGGUGACAGGGAACGAUGAAGAUAUUCGCCAUGUAGUUCGUCGCACCCUUAGGGAACAACUGUUACAAAGAAUUCAAGAAGAAGGCGUAGUCUCUACGCAAGACUUCGUUGGAGAAAAUGAUACAACCAAAAUAAGUGACAUGCCCAAAUUGUCUGUAGAAGAAGUGGAGGAGUUUAUAAAAGCGACGGAGCUAGAGAUGUAUAACUAUUUUAACCGCGACACAGGUGCAAAAUAUAAAGCCAAGUAUCGAUCGCUGAUGUUCAAUAUCAAAGACAGGAAAAACCAUACACUUUACGCGAAAAUAUGUAAAAAACUAAUUGAACCCAAACAAUUGGUACGGAUGUCGCCAGAUGAAAUGGCAAGUCAAGAACUGGCACAAUGGCGUGAACAAGAGACAAAGCACCAACUGGAAAUGAUCAAAAAGUCAGAGUUAGAUUUGUUAUCGUGUGCAAUGAAUUAUGUGGUAAAAACACACAAAGGAGAGGAGGUUAUAGAAGGAAAGUCUUCAGAAUUUGAGACUGUCGGUUUGACUAUACCCGAAGAAGAUGACACAGCCUCGGGCCGUAAUAAAACAAAAUCUUCGGAGGAAGCGGCAGUAUCAAAAACGCAAUCUCAUACUUCAGAGAUUGAUUAUCUUCCUGCCUCUAAAUCACAUUCACAGUAUGCAAAAUUAAGCGACGAUGAUAGACUUAAGGCUCAUAUCAGUACUGCCAGUAAAGAGAAGGAACGGGGCAGGGAAGGAGACAGAGAAAAAGAUAAGGAUAGGUAUAGGGAAAAAAGUCGCGACAAAGAAAGAGAUCGUGAAAAACGUCAUAAAAGCAAAGAUCGAUAUCGCGAUAAAUCUCGGACGAGAAAGCGUAGUCGGAGUCGUUCGCGCAGUCGUAGUUGCGAUCGCAGUGAGAAACGAUACAAAAGCUCGAAGGAUGUCAAAGAUGAAAAACGAGAGAAGGAUAAAGAUAAGAUUAAAGAACGCGCAGAACGGGAUCAAGCAGCCGACAAAAAGUCCGUUAUAACGGAGAAAAGAGCUACUGGUACCAUAAAAAAGAAAAUCCAAGAGCAAACCCACAACACUCUGGAAGAAUACAAUUUGGUUGAUAAAAUUUUGGAAUCAACUAAAACUGUUGAAGAAGCAGCUAAUUUGGUCACCGAAAGAAAUAAAGAAACUGACAUAAGCAAAAAAACUGCAACAGCGUUAUUGUCUGCCCCCCCUAUAAUAAGCAGCAGCAGCGAUAACAGCUAUGUAAUUGACAUCCCAGCCCCCUCCAACUAUGUUGAUUCAAGUGAUCAAGAACCAAGUAGUACAGUUUCGAUUCCAACUCCUCCACAUGAUCCAUACACAAGGUUUACUUCGUCGUCGCCCUCAGGCGAUUCUAGCCGUUACAACCACACAAUUUUAUGGUCUGGCAAUAUAAAUAUGGUAGAUGUUACGUCGUUUCACCUAUGUUUACAACCACUAUCGGGUACAUGUAAUAAUAUAUCAAAACUCUUGGCGAAGGAAUUGGACGUGGUUGGUCGUAUCGGCCCGGAAACCGUAUGGGAUUAUAUAUCAAAGAUCAAAAAGAGUCCAAACAAAGAGAUUGUUCUGCUUAAACUUUUACCAGCAAGUGAAACAGAAACAUCUGCCUACAAACUGCUCUAUGAGUAUCUGGAAAUACGCAAUCGUUUAGGUGUUAUAAAAAGUGUAUCGCAGUAUAUUAAGGAUUUCUAUAUAUAUCCUUUGGCAGCCGGAAAGUUAAUGCCUUCCGUCUUGCGGUGCAGUGAAUCUGUUGAGUUUCAAGAUGAUCCUUAUAGACCAGAUAUCCUAAUUGGUAUAAUUGUGCGUGUUGUUGGGAAACGCUAUAGUUCAAUAGCUAUGCCAAUUAAUGAGACUUCAAGUAAAUUCGUGGGACGCGAUAUCGAUGUUCAUACUCCGCCAGGUAGCCCCAAGCUUAAAAAACGCCGGCCGUCGCCUAAUCCGCAGGAUAUCGACAUUGAUGCCAUUAUUAAGGCGCCAAUCGCAUCGAAAUUGCAGAAGGCUGCUCCUUCUACUACUUUGGUAUCAAGUUUGAAAGCUGAUGCCGACGAACCAUAUUCGCCUGGGGGCAGUUCUGGCGAUGAAGAUUUAGAAUUGUUGCCUCUUAAAUUGCCCGCUGCUUCCAAUCAAAUGCAAACCGCUGAGGAGGAGCUGAAACGAAAAAUGGAGGAGAUUAACAGACAAAUUGCAGCACAGGAAAUGGAAAUCGCAGGUCUACUAACUGGAGAAACUGCGAAAUAUGGCAAAACUUCGGGACCAAAAUCAAAAGUAUUGGCUAACAUAGCCAUACCUUCGAAUUUACCCCAAAUUCUAGCUAGCAUAAAAACGUCAAAUCCAACACAAGAAGUUCGCCCAGCUGUACCACCACCACCGCCCUUGAUUGGUUCGUUGAUCACAUCAACAUUGCCAGAACCAGUUGAUGAGUACAAUCCUGCUGAUCCAAUCGAAUCGUCCUAUGGACACAAAAGUACUUCUUCAACAAGUCGGCUCGCUAAACUAAGUGAAGCAGAGCUUCUUAGUAUGGUUCCCGAUGACAUUGUCAUAAAUGUAAAGCCACCAGCAGGACGAUGCGAUGAACCACCUCCUCCUGGCGUCUAAAUGCGUAAAAACUUGUUUUUACAAGUUUCAGACUGUAAAGUACAUGAAUUGUAUCAACCUUCACAGAAAUAAUUUGAGCCCCAAUAGUGCGAUCAUUACAUUUAAGCACACUCGUCGACAAAUUAUAUAUUUAUACUUAGUUUUUCUUUCUCAUUAAAACAAAAUCUUUUAUAUUUCUAGACGUGUAAUAUAUAAGUAUAAUACAUUUUUGCAUUGCACCUGUAGCAGUCGAAAAUCGCUUUAAAAAUUAAAAUCACAUUUAAAGGACAUUUCGCUUUCACCGCCCAAGGCCAUUGAACAUUUGAAUUACUUAGUUUUCCAUGAAUUCUGUCUUUUAUCAUUAUAUUUUAUGUUACUGGAUAAUUGUACAAUUGUUUAACACAUUGGAUUUAUCAUUUCAAAUAAAACCUAUACACAUGAUGGAACGUA